AUCGGAGGUAGCAAAACCACUAUACCAAUUCAAGAACCAAAACCUCAAAAUGACUAUACCAAUCCCAUACACCACUACUAAUUCUUCCUUCGUUAACAAUAACAAUAGCAAGGAAAUCACUAACCUUUUAUCCAUACUCAACCGUGCCACUGCCGCUACAAAUUCCAAUACCCAUAUUACUACUACUAAUAAUGAUCAUAAUAAAAACACCCACAUUAGAACCGGCAAGAAGAAGCCCCUCUCCGGCGCCGGCGCCGGCGGUCUCCUCCGCAUGUUCAAACUCCUGCCCAUGCUAACCACAGGCUGCAAGAUGAUGGCCCUACUAGGGAAGCAAAUGAAGCCGAUGCUAACGGACCGCGCAACGACCGGGACGAUAUUCGGGUACAAAAAGGGUCGGGUCAGCCUUGCGAUCCAAGAAGACCCGCACCGGCCGCCCAUUUUCAUGAUCGAGCUUCCCAUGCAGACGGCCGUCUUCCACAAAGAGAUGGCGAACGACGUCGUACGCCUGGCGCUCGAGAGCGAGACGAAGACCCGCAAGAAGAGGGUUCUGGAAGAGUAUGUGUGGGCGGUGUUCUGUAAUGGCCGGAAGAUGGGGGUGUCUAUUAGAAGGACGAACAUGACGGACGACGAAACGCACGUCAUGCAGCAUCUCCGGGGGAUCUCCAUGAGCGCCGGCGUUCUUCCGGGACCGGUGCCGGACUCGGCCGACGGGGAGCUGACUUAUAUGAGAGCCAGGUUUGACCGAAGAGUUGGGUCUAAAGAUUCUGAAGCGCUCUAUAUGAUUAACCCGGAUGGGGCGUCGGGUCAAGAAUUAAGUAUUUUCUUUGUACGAGUGCAUUAAAUAAAAAGGCUAAAAAACAUUUUCCAACAUUUCCUAUAUGUGUCUAUAUACC